AUGCCCCGCUUAAAUGUAGGAGCCCCAAUAAAAGUGGUUUCAUUGUAAGAAAAAACGGUAACCCUUUCUGUAUUUUUUAGAAAUUGGGGUCCUUGAAGGCACAAAGGGUUUCGCCUGGGACAGUAGCUCUUCAUCGUAAUGGAUUUCAAGUUCAUACUGUCAAUGUUAGAUCAAUCCAAACCGAGGGAAAAUUGAAGCAAUUCAAGAAAUCGUUGGAAACGGAAGUGAUCAGCAUGAAUUCGACAUCCCCCUAUACACAACCGUUUGGGCGCUUCAGGAUGAGAUGGAUCGACGAUACUGGCAAGAAUCAUGGCCUCCGGUGGAGCGAUCUUACACUGACCGGGCAAUGGAAACCGUUAUGA